GUCAUUAUACUGUAUCGGGCCGGCAAAAUUUGACUUGGCUUUUCAAAUUUUGCAACUUAUUCAGUUUACAUUGCACUUUGCAGCCCAGUAGAAUUUUUCAACGACCAGAAAUAUCAGUAGCCAUGUUUGUUUGUGAAAUUAUUAGCGUAAUUUCCUGGGAUUUCGCUUGCCUUGAGAAUGUCUUUACAUCCAGCAUUCCGUUCAAACAAAAUAGAAGAUCUAUAAUUUUUUUAAAACUUCACAACAAUGUUACAAGAUGCAUUUUAACUGCUUUUUUCAAAUUAGCCUUUGCACAAAAUUUUUGUUCAAGGAAUACGGGUUCAAGACACAGUCUCAGAGAAUUCGCUAAGUUGAAAUGGAACAACAGCUGACGGGAGAACGUCAAAUGACUGUCAUGCAAGUUCCCACAACUGCCGGUGGUCAACAAGUCCAGGUUGUGCAACUGGGCCAGGGUGCAGCCGGCGGACAAGUGCUACAGGGGGCAAACGGCCAGCAGAUAGUGUUGCACCAUUUGCCCCAAGCUGGCCAGACCAUUCAGCUGGCCGCACAACCCGCGCAGACUCUGCAAAUGUUGCAGACUGUGCCGACUGCCAUACAGGGUAAUACAGGGCAAAUAGUAAUACAACAGCAGCAACCUCAGCUGAUACAAACGGCAGACGGCCAGACGUUCAUAUUCCAGCCUCAAGUUAUCGAUAACACUGCCACUGUGCAACAGGCUCAGCCUACAUUGAUAAACCUAAACGGUCAAAUCAUCCAGGUGGCAGCAGCACCAGCAGCCGUGCAGGCCACGCCCACCCCCGCCCAGCCCACUCCCGUUGUGACCACACCCACCCCGACCACGCCCACCACCAACAGUGCCACGCCCAACGCCGCCAACUCACAGAACAUUGUUAUGGUAGUACCUGACCGGCAAAACGCAACUGCGUCACCAGGCUUCCCCCGCGUGCCACUUCCGCCCGGCCAUGAGUUCCUGGAGGAGGAACCGCUCUACGUGAACGCCAAGCAGUAUAAGCGGAUACUGAAGCGACGGCAAGCGCGGGCCAAGCUAGAGCAAGAGGGCAAGAUACCAAAGAGUCGGAUGAAAUAUUUACACGAAUCCAGACACAAACACGCGAUGAAUAGGAUACGAGGAGAGGGAGGUCGGUUCCACUCGGGAUCUGUUAAAAACAGAAUGAAUGCUGUCAAUAUAACGCAACAACAGCUUUUCCAGGGAAGGUUACAAGGGAUCCCAGUUUCGUCAUCGGGAUCAGUUGGGAAUUCCCUUAGUGCGUCGUUAAUAAUUGAACGUUCCGGAGGUUCCAUACUACCAGACCUGAUGAACGACCCGCUGUGUGUAGUGGCGGAAGAUGGUCACUGACCCUUACUCUAGCCCCCCCACCCCCUCAUUUCCAUCCCCCUGUAAAUACCAUCUCACCUACUAUUUAUUAUGAAUCGCCGAUACUUGUAAAUACGAGAACUGUCACAUACCCGUGUACAUAGUCAUAACAUUCUUCAUUUCUUACGCCCUGAUUUCUAAUCGAUUUCUGCUCUGUUAGGGAAAAAACAGAAAAAGAAAGAGACUCUCAUAAUAAUCAAUUAUUUUUUGUGCCUGGCAGAGUAGAAAUACGUUGGAAAGAAGGGGAUUUCUAGGCUCGUUUAACGGCGCUGCUUUAUCAUAUAAGGUUUACUUAUAUGGAUCGUUUAAUAUAUGUAAGGGGUGUCCUCUGAAAGAUUCAUUAAUUUAUUAUUCAUUAAUACAGUUACUAAUAAUGAAGAAAAUUCGUAUGGCUUUUGUAAUAUAGAUAUGACUGUGCAAGAGUAACAGGCCUAGCCAAAAACUACUACUCUAAUACCAAAAAUGGUAGAAUUCCCGAAAGAUUUUUUUUUCAAAUUUCAAAUUCGAAUUGAGUUUAUUCACAAAAUCAUUACAAAUGCAGUACAUGUAUAAAUAAUAUAAAACACUUGUGCAUUUUCUCCACAUAGACAAGUCUGUGUGUGGGGAAAGAGUUCUAAUGAAAGAUAACUUGGAACUAAAAAGAGAAUAAUAAAUAUUUACAAUAUAACUUGAAAAAUUUAAAAGUAAGAUAGGUUAUAUCUUCUCUUCAGAGUUUCAGUCCGAUUUUAUGUCCAACUGAUGUAACUAGAUAUUCUACAGAUUGUAGACAGUUUAAAGGUGUAAGCAAAGUAUAACAUUGACAA